AUGGCUGCCGUGGCUAAAUACAAGAAGGAACUUGAAAACUUCGCAUCUCGUAAAGCGCCUUCUCAUCCCAUCUUCACACCACUUCCGUCACUAUUACAACAAAGUACAAUGGGAGCUCACGUAGUAGAACCCAGCCGGCUAUGGCUGGAACCACUAAACUCCGAGGAGCAUUUCGAAGACUAUUAUGCAAUCCAGUCCCACCCGCUAGCAAUGUUCUGGUCUUCUCAAACCGUUCAUACAACUCGCGAACAGUCAUUAGCACAGAUGGAGUCGAUGCGGCCCUCGGUUGAUAAACCGUGGAACGAAAGAUGGGCUAUUAUGCUGCGUCCCAUGGCCACUGAAGCUGCUUCUCCAAACGAAGAGAACGGAGCGGUUAAGAAGCCUAAACCGAAGAUGAUUGGUUUUCUAGGUAUUGUCCGGCAAGACGAAAUUGGGUAUAAACUCCACCCGGACUUUUGGGGGAACGGAUACAUGUCCGAAGCACUUGCGCUAUUUAUUGACCUAUUUUGGAAAUGGGAUGCCAUGAAAUCGUCUACUAGACUCAUUGCAGCCGCAGACUCAGAAAACAAAGGAAGCUUGAGAGUAUUAGAAAAAGCAGGGUUUAUCAAAGACAGAUAUGAAAAGGAGUUUUAUGAGCGUGCUAUAGAUCAAGGGAAGGGAGGCAAGAAGCGUGAUUUGCAGUUUUUCUACUUGGAUAGGCCACAGCGUAAUGAUGGGACUUCGAAUUGA